AUGCAUCCUCAAAAUCUUGCAACUCCCUCUGCGAUGCUUGCAAUAUCAUUUGCAUUACUCCCAAAUCAUAUUCAUACUCACGAAGAUCUCGUAAUCCAACAUGUGCUUCUAUUUUCAAUUCAUGAGAUAAUCUCUGAUAUCUUCUUCUCAAUCUUUGUAACAUCCUCCAAUGUCUCAUCUGACGUCUCAAUUAGUGAUCGUUUUGUCUAUUGGGAUCCUCCACAUGACACAAUGGGCAG